UCCCACAGGAUCUUUCCUCGAAGUUCCGGAAAUUCGCUUACCCUGGAUCGCUUUGUCUCCCCUGCCUCAUAGAAAAUCGUCAACAACAACGACGAUACAUAUUUUUGGCCUUUCACGUACACACCCAAAAUAGACAAAAAUCUAGCACACCGGUAGAGAGAAAAACCACCUAUUGCACAUUACCCAACGCAACCGCUACAAAAAAGCGCCACUCUAGAACAUCCCCAUCAUAAACAUAUGGGAUGUGGGAAACGGAAAAUUUUCUACCUCGUCAGUCUCGCGCUAUCAUGUUACCGGAUACCGGUUGAAUGAACGAGUGAAUCGAAUAUUUCAAAUGUUUACAAAGUGUAUGAAAUUCUACUCUGGAAAACGAAAAUCAACUGUGAUUAAUUAAUAAUUAAAAAUGAUUUUAAGCCGAUUAAAUAUGGCAACCAAAUUGCCCAAAACUCCCAGAACUACUAUGAGUCUUAAGGAGUUUAUGGUCCAUCAAGAAGUCCUUAAGCUGUACAGAAAUAUAAUGAAAACAGUACGAAAAAUUCCAGACAAGCAUGAUCGUGAUUACAUGAGAGAUUGGGUGAAAUCUGACUUCAGGGCAAAUAAAGAUGUUAAAGAUGAAUUUGCAAUAAAAUCUUUGAUUGUACACGGAGAAAAUUCAUUGCGGGAGCUGCAAAGAAAUUUGGACCGAACAAAAUAACUCCUGAAAUUGACUAGAAGUUUAGAGAAAUGGCUGAUAUUCGUAACAAAAUAAAUAUAAAUGUACUUUUGAAAGAAA